AUGGACGUCGACUGGUGCCUUUCGUGUGAUCGCAGAAUAGACGGUAUAACAUCGGCCUCUGGACCCUAUUGCUCCCCAGAGUGUCUAUCCUAUGCUCAACCAGCAUCUUCAUCUCCCAGGCUCGCUACUCAAGUAGCUGCUGCCCCUGCCCCAAACACCCACCGCAUCCACCAGUGGGCUGCCGCUAUCCCGCCGCACGUUCCUGCUGGCGCACCCUCCUGCCCCUUCGCAGAGGCUAAUGAGCCCACUUCAUCAUCUACUCAAUUCCCUCGUCGAUCCCCUUCACCUCGUGCCCGUUCUCAGGCAACGCCCAAAUUGAUCGAGCGUACCUCAGCUACAGCACCUGUCCCCACUCUCUGUGUCUCAUCACCAGCACAAGUUCGACCUCUUCCCCCCGCGCGCAGCACGCACUGCGCUUACUUCAAUGGCAACACAGCAUCUACUGCCAGCAUGAGCGAAGCGAGCACUUCCCUCACUAGUCUCUUGAGCGAGCCGCUCGUGGCUACUCCAGAGGAAGAUAGUCCUUUUGGUAUUGGCGCUUUCGUUCGUUCCUGGGUUCACCGCGACCGGGAACAUGCCAAAUCCAAUAACGAAGAAGUCAUAGAGGAAAUUAAAACGUAUUUUCCCCCUUAUUUAUCUGCCAAGACGUCUCCGCACCGCUCAAAAAAAGCAAAGAUUCAACCUCCUUCGCCACCACCUAUGAAACGUCCAAAAUUCCCUGUUAUGAACGCUACUCUUUUUAAUGACCGCGACCGUUCAACGCCCACCGACUCCCACACACCUACGCCUGUUGUCUUCCCUUCUUGCCGUGCAACCGAGUUUGGUUGGGAUGAUGACGACGAUGACGACGACGAAGAGAGUUUCGUCCCACAGGCACACUUUCAGCAAUUUCAGCCUCAGACGCGUUCUCCGUCUGCGUCAUCUGGUAGCGGUUCUUCAAUUCUGUUGAUGGCACCGAAGCGGUUGGACGUUCGAGGUCGUCGUGCUAUCGCCCCAUGA